AUGCCAGCCGAAGUCAUCAGUCUGUUGUCUUCGAGUCCCGCGGCGCCCUCCCCUGUGGACGCAAUACCUGCCCAGCUGCCGCCUCGAACCAACUUUAACUUUCCCGCCCCCUAUCGUGCACUCGACUAUGAUAUACUCGACUUGACCGCAGCAAUUCCAAAGAAGGUUCAACCAAUUUCCGCCGCACGGAUAUCCGCCCAACCGACCGCCGGCACUAAGCGGACUAGUAGUGGUCAUCACCGUCAUCAUCAUGAAGAAGAAGAAGAGGACGCCCUUUUCGUGUCGGAUGACUUUGACACCACCGGAGACCUCGACGCCAGCUUCACGAAGAGGUCAAGGCUCUCGCCUCUCGCGCCGCGCGCUGCAACGAAUGAUGUAUCUUCGUUGAAGAGAACAAAGUCCGCCGUCGUUGGGACAAAGAGCUACGAACAGCUCCAUCCGCUUCAACCAGCUGGAAUGCGACGAUGGAAUACAAUGGCCGAUCCGAUCCAAUACAGCAGCUCACCCCAUGGCAUUGCCGUCAACUCAUACCACAAUACCCAAGACGAAAACCUGUCAGACCCUUUCGCAAGUCCACCAAAGAAACAGCCGAUCCAUCGUACCUCUGCCAGACCCGUGCUAGCCGACCCAUUCGAGAGCCCGCUGAAGAUGACCAAUAACAUCGGUCCUUCGAGUUGGAAUUGGCCGCAGGAUAUGUCGAAACCAGCUCCCAAGUCUCCUAUGGUUAUACCCGAGAAGAAGCGUUCGAAUGUGGCGUUCAUCGAUCUCUCAAGCGACCCGUUCGGUGCGUCGCCGGUCAAGGUCCAGCCCAAGGCGCCCAAACAAAAAGCUGCUUGGGAUCCGAUAUCAAGCUCUGCACCAGAGGCCCGACCUACGGACGACCUCGUGUCAAGCCCGCCACCACCACCACCGCGCACAGCAUUGGCGAUCGACCUCGACAAUCUUUAUGAUUCGGAAUCGGAUGGUCUACCCGACCUGGGCGACCUUGACUUCUCCAAGCUUCGCGCCAAAAAACGUUCUUAUAGCUUGUCUCCGCGUCCCAAAUCGAAAGUGACGAAGAAGCCUGCAAAACCAAGGAACGCGCCGAAAUCGGCCGAGGAAAAGGAGCGCGAAAAGAGGCAGAAGGAGAAGGCACGUGAGGCUGAAAAGGAGAGAAAACGAAUCGAGAAAGAACGCGACAAGGAGGAACGCGCUGCCACAAAGGGAAAAGAGAAGGCCCUAGCCGAAGUGAACAAGCUGCGGACGGACAAGAAGAUGUCAACGCCAGAAAUGAUUGUUGAUCUCCCGGCAAGUCUGAAUGCCGGACUCAAGGUCCAAGUCGAGACCCUUCUUGAUCAAUUGGACGUUCAACAUGAGAGUUGGAACAGUCGUGUCGAGAACGUUGUCAAAUGGCGGCGGAAAGUCGCUUCCAAGUACAACGAAGAUAUGGGCCAUUGGGAACCCAUACCAAUGCGCAUCAUGAACGAGAAACACGUCGCGGUUCUCGUCCAGGCUGCCGAGUUCGUUAAGUUCGUCCUCGGCGCCGAAGGCGAGGACCUCGAAGCCCAUGUGCUCAAGAUGAAGACCAACUUCCCCAAUACCACCAUCAUAUACCUCAUCGAAGGCCUCACGGCAUGGAUGCGCAAGAACAGAAUUGUCAAAAACCGACAGUUUGCAUCCGCGGUCCGCAACCUUGACCCGAAUGGCGAUGACACAGCUCCGUCAUCCAGCCUGGCCCGCAGGCGCAAAACCAAGCAGCCCCAGGAGUACAUCGAUGAAGACAGCAUCGAAGACGCGCUCCUCUCUCUCCAGGUCGUCCACGGCACCCUCAUCCAUCACACGAACCACCAAGUCGAGACUGCACAAUGGGUCAAAGUGUUCACUCAGCACAUCAGCACGAUACCGUACCGCAAAGCCCGCGAUGCCGGUGCGGACGCUGGAUUUUGCAUGGACGCAGGCCAGAUCCGCUCGGGCGAGAACGCCAAGGACACGUACGUGCGCAUGCUACAGGAAAUAACGCGCGUCACGGCUCCCAUCGCGUACGGCAUCGCGGCCAAGUAUGGGACCGUGACGGAGUUGGUUCAGGGGCUUGAGGCGGAGGGACCCUUGGCACUGGAGGAGUGCCGCAAGAGUGCGAAUAAAGAUGGUGCGUUCACAGACCGGAAUGUUGGGCAGGCGAUCAGCAGACGGGUGCAUAAGAUCUUUACAGGACGGGAUCCUGGGACUACUGAUGUUUGA